CCAUGGAUCUUGUAAUCUGACUCUCCCCACUUGAUUCCUGCCCUUUGUUUCGAUCGGGACACCGGGUUGAAAGGUACACAUCUGGAACUGCUAGAACACCUCGUGGAGUGGGCUAUUACACCCAGGAGGAGGGGCUAGGAGUAGGUAUGGUGGUACUUCCUCAGUAUGCAAAGCGACCUCUUGCCAGUCACAACACAGGUGCCAACAACAGCUUUGACAAAGAAACCUACUCAGGCUCCAACCCAGCGAAAACAACCUCAAGAAAGAAAUCGGGGGUAUUUGAAUCACCCAGACAGACAACCCUCAUUUGAAAAAGAAAUGUCGCUCACUGGAAUUCUGAGGCAUUUUGGGUUAUCUGGAACAAAUUUAGCUGCCGAUUGCAUCAGAAACAUCUCCCAGUGACGGUUUUGGGUGGAUCGCUGCAUUUUGAUCCCAAAGUGUCAGGCAGAUUUAUUUCUGGCACAAGCCACCCCAUUGCAGUAACUCUGGGAGAUUUGCAAAAAUGUAGGCAUCUCUUGACACCAGCUAAAGUGAAUUAAGGCGCCGGAUCCAUCUCUGAAGUCAACUUUUCAGAAGUUUUUUCAGAAGUGUUCAUGGAAGUAAAAAGGGGAAGAAAUCCAACUACAGAGCUGCUUUGGAAAUUCUGCUUCGUGUACCAAGAGUAGCUACACACCACCCUGCGCUCACCUCUCGGGCGAUAAAAGAAACUCUGGAGAAAAGAUUGCCAAGUUCCCUGAAAAGAAGCAACUCAAAAGGUGUGUGAACACGCCUUUCCUACACAUCCUUGGAAAAGCAGCAUUGUGCGGUAAAUCAAAAAGUCGGCAGCAGAAGAGAAAAAAAUGACCGCGGCGAAAACCCAGGCUGAGCUGAUGAGAAAAUGGAUGGUGUUGGCCGAAACCACCGGCGAGGGAAUCCGAAAAGAGGAAGGCUUGGAACCUAUCGCAAAGGGUACCGAUAAUGAUUUGGUCCCGACAGCCAAGGCACCAAGGUGGAGGGAGCUCCAUCAGGCAGCCAGGAAUGGGGACCUGUGGCUGGUAAAACAGCUGUUGCAGCGAGGGGCAUCUACGAACAGCAGAGACGAAAACGGUUGGACUCUCCUGCACGUCGCAUCCUUGCACAGCUACUUCCCCUUGGUGAAGUUUCUCAUCCAGCACGGAGCAACGGUACACACUGACAACAUGGCCGGUUACACACCUCUCCAUCACGCUGCCUGGAGCGGCCAUACCCAAGUUGCCGAGCUCCUCCUGGCUCGGGGGGCACCGGUGAUGGACACAACCAAAGGGGGUCUUACUCCGUUUCACUUUGCCGCCGCCAACGGCCACACCUUGAUGAUACAACUGCUUCUACGGCACGGGACAGAUCCCGACGCUUCCGACUGUAACCAGUGGACUUCCUUGCACUGGGCCACAGCUGGCCACCAGCUUCAUAUAAUGAAUGGGUUGAUUUCCCAAGGGGUGAACCCCAAUCUCCAAGGCAAGGGCGGCAUCGCACCUUUACACAUAGCUGCCGAGAUUGGGAGGGCCGAAACGAUACGUCUCCUGCUCGCCAAAGGGGCCGACGUGAAUCUGCAAGACGACGGCGGAAGGACGGCGCUCUCUGUUGCUUCUAAAAACAGUCAUCAUGAGAUGGUGAAGCUGUUGCUCCAGAACCAAGCGGAUCGGAAUUUAGCGGACUCCCAUGGCUGCACCCCGCUCCACAAGGCCGCGGCCGCCGGGAGCCUGCCGUCUGUCCGCCUUUUGCUCCAAGGAAGCUCCCCUGCCUGCGUUACUCAAAGAGACGGCCUCCUGCUCACGCCACUUCACUGGGCGGUCCUCGGCGGUCACGCCGAGGUAGCCGGUUGUCUCUUGGAGCACGGCGCGGACGUUGACGCGGCUGGGUGGCUGGGCAAAACCGCUUUGCAUUUGGCGGCGGAGAAAAAAUUCUUUCCCCUGAUGGAAUUUUUGAUAGCAAAGAGUGCCGACUUUAACCGGAAGACUUGGUGGAACGAGACGGCUGAAGACCUGACAUUGUGAAGCCAGAAGCCGGAAUUUUCUUUAGCUGUGCUCUCCCUGGGGGUCACCAAACGUGUAGGUAGUCCUUGACUUACGGCCGUAAUUGAAUUUCUGUUGCUCGGUGGAAACGGCGGUUUAAGUGAGCUUUGCCCUAUUUGGCGAACCUUUCCUUGCCACCGUCGUUCAGUGAAUCGCGCCGCCGUCGUUUCAGAACCAACACCGUUGUUAAGUGAAUCUGGCUUCCCCACUGACUUCGCUUGUCUGAAGGUCGCCGAAGGGGAUCCCGUGACCCUGGGGACACGGCAACGGUCAUAAUACGAACCAGUCGCCGAGGGUCUGAUGAAUGUUGAUCGCGUGUGACCGCCGGGACGCUGCAACGGUGUGACCUGUGGCCUCUUGUCUUUUUGGCUUGACGGUUCACUAUUAAAAAGAUAUUAAAUAGCCUUUUCAAAA